ACUGCUGGGCCCUGAACCACUGGCCACCUGCUGGGUUCUACUGCGGAGCGGGUCUGCCUGGCCGGGGACAGCGCCGGGGGCAACCUCUGCAUCACCGUGUCCAUGAGGGCCCUGACCGCCGGCAUCCGGGUCCCCGACGGCAUCAUGGCGGCCUACCCCGCCACCCUGCUCACCACCGACGCCUCGCCCUCCCGCCUGCUCACGCUCAUCGACCCGCUGCUGCCUCUGGGGGUUCUGGCAAAGUGCCUCAACGCCUACGCAGGUUCAGACUUCCAGACGGCCCAGCCGGCAGAGCGCAGAGGCAGCCUGAGCGCCCUGAGCAGAGACACGGCCCUGCUGCUCAGCGACCUCACCCAGGGCGCCUCCAACUGGAUCCAGUCCUUCCUGGACCCGAGCCGGGCGGCGGGCGCAGCCAGCGACCACCGCCGGGCGGCGGGCGCAGCCAGCGACCACCGCCGGGCGUCGGCUCCCGCCGCCACCUGGAGCCCCGCCAGCGACCUGCACUACCCCGGCGGCUUCGAGCCGCUGCGGUCCGAGUGCCACGCCCACGUCCUGCCCACGUCCUGCCCCGUCAUGAGGAACCCGUUCGUGUCUCCUCUGCUGGCGCCGCCCGGCCUGCUGAGGGGCCUGCCGCCCGUUCACAUAGUGGCCUCGGCGCUGGACGCGCUGCUCGACGACUCGGUGAUGUUUGCCAAGAAGCUGCGAGCGAUGGAGCAGCCGGUGACGCUGACGGUGGUGGACGACCUGCCGCACGGCUUCCUCAGCCUGGCGCAGAUCUGCAAGGAGACGCAGUUCGCCUCCGACAUCUGCGUGGCCCGCAUCAGGGACGUCUUCCGGCCGGACGGCGCCGGCGGCGGCGGGCGGGCCGCGCCGGCAGAACCUUAGCUCCGGGUCGCCCGGUGGUUCCGGAUCCACCGGAUGGCGUGCGGAGACGACGAGGGGGAAACUGCACUUUAAAGCUGCACUGCACAGCUCUUCAUUCUGCAGGUUUUUACCCCUGAAACGUUCCAAGUAGACGGACCGGGCCAGACCAAACCAGACCGGGCCGGGCCUCAACACGGAGUUCUGUUUCCUGAAGAAACUCUGGACCGCUUUGCUCUCCCAGGCUGAAUCCUGAUCCAUCUUCUGGUAGCAGGUCCAGGAGGGAAACAGAUGUCCCUCCCCUCAGAAACACACUCCAAUGAGUUCUCAGCCCAGAAGACAUAUCGGUCCCUCCAGUGGGUUCUGGUUCUGUCCUGGGUUCUGUCCUGGGUUCUCCUCCCAGACGUCAGAACCGCCUUUAGCCGAGCUGCUCCUCCUAUCCCCGUCUUACACAGAGGCUCGUUUCAGCUGCUCGUCUCCAGGAUCCGGGUCUUCCGGAUCUCAGAACCAUGGAGAACCACCACUGAUGGGAGCUGCAUGUGAAGUUCUGAUCCAUCUCCUGACUUCUUUCUGGUUUCAACGCCUGGUUCCGUCCGGUUACUUCGUCCCACCUGGACUCGUUAGCCCAGAAUGACCAGAACAUGCUUAAUGUUUCCCUUCAGAACAGAACCGGACCUCAGGUCCACCUGUAAAGGUUCUGAUGACUCCCUCUGACAGAACCUGUCCUCAGCUGCUCCUCCUGACUUUAACGGAACGUUCUGCUUCGUCACUUUAAUCAGCACCGGAGCUGGACCCGCUCCAGAUGACCCGUGUGUUCUCUUUAUUAAUAUUGUUGCGUUUGGACCUAAUGUAUAACUUGAUGUUUAUCGUGUUUACAGCAGUUUGUGCCUCUGAGGGUGAAGAUUAACUGUAAAAUAGUUUCUAACUGAGUGGUGAGAUCCAGCAGGUGUAAUAAACCAGAACUACCAGAA